CUACACUGCACAAAGUUACGUCAUAUCAUCUGUAGGAAAGAUGGCUGCGCCCUGUCGGACCGUGCUGCGUUCCGUAACAAAUUUUACCUCUGCUGCUUUGUUUAGAAGCACAAAACCGAGAUAUAGCACAAGAUACUUGUCUACAGUAGCUACAGAGACGUCUAAGACAGAAGAUGGGGAGGCAGCCAAGACAGAAACACCUGCGGAAGGAGAGCCAUCUCCAGCUGACCAGAAACUGAUGGAAGAAAAGGCCAAGCUAGAUAAGGAACUAAAGGAAUACAAGGACAAGUAUAUCCGGGCCCUCGCUGAAACAGAGAACGUCCGGCAGAGAAUGAAGCAGCAGCUCGCCGACUCCAAACUCUACGGGAUCCAGAGUUUCUGCAAAGACCUGUUGGAAGUUGCCGACAUCCUACAGAAGGCCACGGAGACCGUGCCGGCCGACGAGGUGAAAAGCAACCCCACUCUCAAGACGCUUUUCGAGGGGUUGAAAAUGACGGAGACGCAGAUGCAGAAGGUUUUCAGUCGCAACGGUCUGGAGAUGUUGAAUCCGAUCGGGGAGAAGUUUGACCCGAACUUUCACGAGGCGCUCUUCAUGGCGCCCAUGGAGGGGAAAGAACCGGGCACGGUCGCCGUCGUGUCAAAGGUCGGAUACACGUUACACAGCCGCGUGAUUAGGCCUGCGCUAGUAGGGGUGGUUAAGGCACCGUAAAGCUAUGGAAGUUAGGUUGGCAUGUGUACAUACUAGUAGUGAUGCA